CUCAUCUCUUCUCCCUCCCUUUGUCUCUCUCAACAAAAUCAGGCUGCAGAGAGAGAGAGAGAGAGAGAGAGGCAAGAAAGAAAGAGAGUUUAAGAGAAAAGCAAGGGGGCCUGAAUACUCUUUCGUCUUCUACUCUCUCUCUCUGGGUACCAGAAACCAAAGACUCAGUCUUUCCACAUUUCGUUCGCCAAGAUGAUCUCCCUGAAUAGAAGCUCUUUCCUGAAUAAGACCGGGAUAUCUGGUUCCUGUGGCUCUUUCUCUGGGGCUCAGAGAAGACGGUCAGCUUCGGUGAGAGUGGUGGCUUCGAGCUCAAACGGCCGGGCAGGGGACAGAAACGCUGCCGUUUUGGUGGAGAACACGUUGAAGGAAAUGAGAGAAGGGUCCGCCGUGAUUGCUGACGUGGACUCCAAACCCAUGGUUGGUGGUGGGGUUCAGGACGUUUACGGCGAGGAUACCGCCACUGAGGACCAGUUUGUGACCCCUUGGAGUGUCUCUGUUGCGAGUGGUUAUUCUUUGUUGAGAGAUCCGCACCACAAUAAAGGGCUUGCCUUCACUGAAAGAGAGAGAGAUGCACACUUUUUGCGUGGUCUUCUACCCCCUACAGUUGCUUCUCAAGAGCUUCAGGUGAAGAAAAUGAUGCACAAUAUCCGCCAAUAUCAAGUUCCACUGCAGAAGUAUAUGGCCAUGAUGGAUCUUCAGGAAAGAAAUGAAAAGCUAUUCUACAAACUUCUCAUUGACAAUGUUGAGGAAUUACUGCCAAUUGUCUACACUCCCACCGUUGGUGAAGCUUGCCAGAAAUAUGGGAGUAUCUUUAUGCGGCCUCAGGGUCUCUUUAUUAGUUUGAAAGAAAAGGGGAAAAUUCUUGAGGUUUUGAGGAAUUGGCCUGAGAAGAAUAUUCAAGUCAUUGUUGUCACUGAUGGGGAGCGGAUUUUGGGGCUAGGAGAUCUUGGUUGUCAGGGGAUGGGAAUACCAGUGGGAAAACUUUCCUUGUAUACCGCGCUAGGGGGAGUUCGUCCUUCAGCUUGCUUGCCUAUAACCAUUGAUGUGGGCACAAACAAUGAGAAAUUACUGAAUGACGAAUUUUAUAUCGGGCUCAGGCAAAGGAGGGCUACUGGGCAGGAAUAUGCUGAACUUCUCCAUGAAUUCAUGACUGCAGUCAAGCAAAACUAUGGAGAAAAGGUCCUCAUUCAGUUUGAAGACUUUGCAAACCACAAUGCUUUUGAUCUGCUGGCAAAAUAUGGCACAACUCAUCUUGUUUUUAACGACGAUAUUCAGGGGACAGCAUCUGUCGUACUUGCAGGGCUAGUUGCAGCUCAGAAGUUAGUUGGGGGAACCUUAGCUGACCACAGAGUUCUAUUCCUUGGUGCUGGAGAGGCUGGUACUGGAAUAGCAGAACUCAUAGCCCUUGAGAUUUCAAAACAGACAAAUGCCCCACCGGAAGAGACCCGCAAGAAGAUUUGGCUUGUGGACUCGAAGGGAUUGAUUGUCAGUUCCCGGAAGGAAUCACUCCAACAUUUCAAGAAGCCAUGGGCUCAUGAACAUGAACCCAUUAGGGAACUUGUGGAUGCUGUUAAGGCAAUCAAGCCAACUGUGUUGAUCGGAACAUCAGGAGUUGGAAGAACAUUUACCAAAGAAGUGAUUGAGGCUAUGGCCUCCAUCAAUGAGAGACCUAUUAUUCUCGCUCUUUCCAACCCAACUUCACAGUCGGAAUGUACUGCUGAUGAAGCUUAUAGAUGGAGUAAGGGUCGUGCCAUUUUUGCUAGUGGAAGCCCAUUUGCUCCCGUUGAAUAUGAGGGGAAAGUUUUUGUGCCUGGCCAGGCAAAUAAUGCAUACAUUUUUCCUGGAUUUGGUCUGGGUUUAUUAAUGUCUGGUGCUAUCCGUGUUCAUGACGACAUGCUCCUGGCUGCCUCGGAGGCUUUGGCGGCACAGGUGACUCAGGAGAACUUUGACAAGGGGCUCAUAUACCCUCCAUUCACUAACAUCAGAGAGAUUUCAGCACAAAUUGCUGCUAAGGUAGCAUGCAAGGCUUAUGAACUUGGUUUGGCUAGCCGCCUUCCUCAGCCAAUAGAUAUGGUGAAGUGUGCAGAGAGCUGCAUGUACAGCCCUGCCUACCGAAGUUACCGGUGAAUUGCUGAAAGUUCCUCUGUUUUCGUUAUAUGAAGUUCACUAUAUUUAUAUUAUUCCUCAUUGUCAAUUUCCUUAUUUCUUUUUUUCUUUUUCUUAAUUUUUAUUUUUUAAAUCCUUCCUCCCCCCCCUGUUUCUUCUAUCCUAAAAGUUGGGUGGGGGAGGAGAGGUUGUAGUUGGAUUACAGGUAAAAUAUAGUUUGGAAAGUGUUGUGAACUGUUACAUUUUUCAUUUUACACGAAAUAAAAUUUCAAAUUACCAAA